ACAGCAGAUGCAGUGCUCUCAGAAUCACUGUGUUGUUAGCAGUCCAGGCGAAACAUUCAGAGAGAAAGUCUUCAACCAUGCAUUCGUUUACCGUUUUUUGUCCUUUGCUGCUGAUGUGGUCGUGCCAAAUAAAGAAAAGCUGGUCCAAUGAGACUACUGAAAGCCACGUGGGAGAAAACUUAACAACAGAGUAUGAGUAUUCCACAGAGCCCGUGGAUUACAGCGAGCUUGAACAAAUCUGCGAUAGAGGCUCCAACCGUUCGUUCCGUUCGUGGUUCCUUCCCACUAUCUACACGAUCAUCUGCUUCAUGGCCCUCGUGGGAAACUUUCUGGUCAUCCUAACCUACCUUUACUUCAAGAGGCUGAAGACAAUGACUGACGUCUACCUGCUCAAUCUAGCCUUGGCUGACCUGCUGUUUGCAAUUUCUCUCCCCUUCUGGGCAGCUAGUUUCAUGAGCAAGUGGCAUUUGGGUCUGUAUCCAUGCAAAGCCAUGUUCACCAUCUACAAGGUCAGCUUCUUCAGUGGCAUGUUCCUUCUCACCUGUAUCAGCGUAGAUCGUUAUUUCUGCAUAACAAAGGCCAUCUCUGCUCACCGCUGUCGCUCCAGUGCAGUCUUUUAUGGACAGGUGUCUUCUCUAGUAACCUGGGUGAUGGCAGUGAUCUUUUCAGUCCCAGACAUGGUGUUCUCUGAAGUUAACAUCAAUGGCACUUGCACAGAAAAUGGAAACAACUAUGAAGCCUACCGCAUUAAGAUGCUGCUAAGUCAGAUGAUCCUGGGUUUUAUACUUCCAACGGUUGUCAUGGGGUUCUGUUACACCUGUAUCAUCAAGACCCUCAUCCAAGCCAAGAACUUUGAAAGGAAUAAAGCCUUCAAGGUCAUCAUUGCAGUGGUAUCUGUCUUUGUGUUCAGUCAACUACCCUAUAAUGUAGUCAUGGGAGUGACCGUUCAGGACACAACGGAUUGCAACAAGGACAAGAGUCGUCUUUAUGCUAUGGAUGUAACCAGAGCCGUGGCCUUCUUGCGCUGCUGCGUAAACCCCUUCCUGUAUGCCUUCAUUGGGGUGAAGUUUCGCAAUGAUCUCUUAAAGCUACUGAAAGACUUGGGAUGUAUCAGAAAGAGCCACCUCAUGUACACCCACUGUGGUAAACGAAGAUCCUCUUUUGGCCUGGAUACAGAAACCACAACAACGUUUUCCCCCUGAAUGUUAAAGAUCAGAUUCCAAGACAACAAAAAUGUUUUACCAAUUUACUUUGUUACAUCGAGAUAAAUGGCUUCAUAGCUUCAUUCAGAGCUAACCAUCUGUGGAGGACUGUGUGGUGACAUAGACUGACACUAGUGUCUUACUGUACAAAAGCUUCCUGCAUUUUCAUUGCUCUUUGACAGAAGAACUGUCUGACUCUGUAUGAUAUAACCAUUUUAUGCUCAAUAUCUUGUUCUCGAUAUCAAUGUCUAUACUAUAUAUUAUACAUGCUUUCAAAAAUAAGACAUCUUUAAGGUUAACUAUCCAAUAAUAUGUUGGAAACCAUUUAGCAGCAAAAUCCUCUUUCAUGGUUGGAAUCCUUUAAAAUAUUAUUUUUUUUACUCUGUCUGAGAUAUUAUGAAACUAAAUAAAAAUACAUUUUCGGAAAUGACUGACUUG